AUGCUUCAACUUUCUGAAGAACGGCAACACGACACACUCGAAGACGAAGAGGAUGAAACUCCUCACAAUCACGACUGUAUUCCUCACCUCACAAUUCCAAACCCUAACCCCAAUUUCAAUGAUCACAUAGACCCUGGAUUAUUCUCCAUAGAAAUGUAUCAUGGUGGUGAAUUCAGCAACAAACCAAUAAAAAUGUAUGUAGGGGAUACAGUAAGCUAUAUUCAUGGUUGUGACCCUAACCAGAUGACAAUGUUAGAGUUUGAUGAUUUGGCUUUAUCAUUGGAAAAAGGGAUAUGUGGAAAGAAGGGGCACAAUAAGAGGACUUGCNAUGAAGAUGUAAUCAACUUGGUGGUGAAGUUAUUGCCAAGAAAUAGGUUGGCUGAGGUAUAUUUUGUGCACCAUGGUGGAACUGUAAGCAAGGGUAAGAAGGUGUAUCGAGAUGCAGCAUCUGAUUCUGAAUCUGGUAAUAGUUAUGCAGAGUUUACUGAUAUUAGUUAUGGAAAGAGUGAUGAUGAACUGUAUGAAAAUAAUGUCGAUGCUAAUGCUGAAUGGAAUGAUGUUCGAAACAGUAAGAAUAAGAGUAGUGAUAAGCUGUUUCAUAUCCCUAAUGAUAUUGACUCAGAUUAUGGUGAUUUUGAUGAUCUAGCCAGCCUAGGCUGUUCAUCUAAGGAAGAAGAAAUUGUCAGGCCUAAAACAGACAUGGCUGACCCUGAGUUUAGGCUUGGUAUAUUACUGACCUGUGCAGAUGAGUUCAAGAAGGCCAUAAAGGUCUCUGCAAUUGCAAAACAAGGAAAUGUGAAAUUAGUUAAGAAUGACAAAAGGAGGGGACUACACCAACUGCAACUGGAGGUCUGGACUAUUAGUGGAGGGUCGAGGACUACAACAGGUUCAAAUGGAGGCACAAUGAGGACUGCAACUGGUUCAAAUGGAGGGAUAGUGACUACAACAAGUGUAACUAGAGGCUUGGACUAUACUGGUGGAGGGUUAAGGAAUACAACAAGUUCAAAUGCAGGUUUAGGGGCAGUAUCAAGUUCUGGAGUACUUGCAAUUAGUAGUAUGCCCUAA